CACUACCUACCAACCCUUUCAUACUUCUUCAUUCACUUCGUUUCUGUGGUCUUCAAGAGAAAACGAUGAACGCUUCAACGAAUUCACCCAUGUAAAGGAAGAGAAAAGGAAAAUAGAAUCUUUUCUUUUAUUGCCCUUAUUUCAUUCGGAAUUUGGUGAAGUCAAUCCUGAGGAAUUGAGGCUCAGAGAGAGAGAGAGAGAGAGAAUUUUCUGUCACUUUCUCGGGAAAAUUAUGAUCUCAUCAUCAUCGACAAGGUGUAGUUCCAGAAGCUACAUAUCAAAUUUGGAACGCUUUCUCCAAUGUGUCACACCAGAUGUUCCUUCAAGGACUCUCCAUAGGAGAUGCUCAAAUGAUCUAAAUAAUCAAUGGCUACCUCCUGUUAAGGACACAAUUGAAUACUUCACUCUGAAAGAUCUUUGGGACUGCUAUUCUGAAUGGAGUGCAUAUGGUGCCGGUACACCGGUGAUGCGCGAAAGUGGGGAAACUCUAAUGCAAUUCUAUGUUCCGUAUCUGUCCGCUAUCCAAAUCUACAGCACUAAGUCUGUUGCAGCUUCUAGGGGACGGCGAGAGGAUAACGAAGUAGUUGAAUUGGAAUGUGAUUGCUGGAGUGAUGAUAGCAGCGAUAAACUAUCAAGGUCAUUAAGUAACAAUUCUAGUGAAUCGUGGGAUGCUAAUUCCUUCAAUUCAAGCUCUGACCAGGUAGGUUCUUGGCCCACGAGGGAUAUGCUUGGUUACCUUUACUUGGAGUACAUGGAGAAGAGUUCUCCAUAUAACCGGCUCCCGUUAGCAGAUAAGAUAAUUGAAUUAGCUAGAAGCUAUCCGGCAUUAAUGACCUUGAAGAGUGUGGAUCUUUCUCCGGCUUCUUGGAUGGCUGUUUCUUGGUAUCCGAUUUACGCCAUACCAACUCAUAACAAGGCCUUGGCAACGUGUUUCCUCACUUAUCACACAUUGUCAUCUUCUUUUCAAGACUGUGAUAACAUUUGUGCUGAAAUCAACAUAGAGAAUGACGUAUGUUUUCCGACAGGGUGGGGAAUGGUGGUGGGGGAGAAAUCCAAGAGGAAGAACAGCGGCUGCAUAUCGGUGUCGCCUUUCGGCCUAGCCACCUAUAGAAUGCAGGGAGAUAUCUGGUUAACUCCAUCAUCACAUGUGAAUGAAAGAGUAACAUGUUUAUACAAUGCUGCAAACUCAUGGUUGAAGCAGCUCAACGUGUUCCACCCUGACUUCAACUUCUUCGCAUGCCGAUCUUCCCUGUAAAUUCUGGUUCGUGUGGAUCAACUAACUAAUAACUACCUCUUUUGCUUGUUUAUUCUGGUGAAUCUGACUCCGGCGUUAGAAGUUUUGCAGUAGUUCUGAGAAAUGUUCAGAAGUACAUCUUAAAAAGAUGUGUGACCUUAAGCAAUGUAAAUUUUAGUUUAUAUAAACUGAGGGAUUUUUUUUUUUUGAAGAGGUUAGCAUUUGCAUUUUGGAAGUGACUAAACUUUUGUAUAAUUAUUUUGGAACUUUAAUUUUGGAA